UGGCUUGUGAACUUUUUCGGCUCCCUGUCUGUUGAAGACUCUGUGGAGUGCCUCCGGGCUAUGCUGUCUGCCAACAUCCGACAAAAUCUACAGCUCUGUGUGCAGGUGGCUUCUAAGUAUCACGAACAAUUGGGCACCCAGUCUCUUGUGGAGCUCUUUGAGUCUUUCAAAAGUUAUGAAGGCCUGUUCUACUUCUUGGGCUCCAUUGUGAACUUCAGUCAGGACCCAGAUGUCCACUUCAAGUACAUUCAAGCAGCUUGCAAGACGGGCCAAAUCAAAGAAGUAGAAAGGAUCUGCCGAGAAAGUAACUGUUACAAUCCAGAACGAGUGAAAAACUUCCUGAAGGAAGCCAAGCUUACAGAUCAGCUUCCCUUGAUAAUUGUCUGUGACAGAUUUGACUUUGUUCAUGACCUGGUUCUCUACCUAUACCGUAACAACCUACAGAAAUACAUCGAGAUCUAUGUUCAGAAGGUCAACCCAAGCCGCAUCCCAGCAGUUGUUGGGGGACUCCUAGAUGUGGAUUGUUCCGAAGAUGUCAUUAAAAACUUGAUCAUGGUGGUGAGAGGCCAGUUCUCAACGGAUGAACUGGUAGCUGAGGUAGAAAAAAGAAAUAGGCUUAAGCUGCUCCUGCCUUGGCUCGAGUCUCGAAUUCACGAAGGCUGUGAAGAACCAGCAACGCACAAUGCGCUGGCUAAGAUCUAUAUUGACAGCAACAACAACCCCGAACGCUUUCUCCGGGAGAACCCCUUCUACGACAGCCGUGUUGUGGGCAAAUAUUGUGAGAAAAGAGAUCCUCACCUGGCCUGCGUUGCUUAUGAGAGGGGGCAGUGCGACCUUGAACUCAUAAAGGUCUGCAAUGAGAAUUCCUUGUUCAAGAGUGAAGCUCGCUAUCUAGUUCGCAGAAAAGAUCCAGAAUUGUGGGUAAAUGUUCUGGAUGAAAAUAAUCCAUACAGGAGACCACUUAUUGAUCAGGUUGUCCAGACAGCAUUAUCAGAGACUCAGGAUCCAGAGGAGGUUUCUGUGACAGUCAAAGCUUUCAUGACUGCUGACCUGCCCAAUGAGCUCAUUGAGUUACUUGAGAAGAUUGUUUUAGAUAACUCUGUCUUCAGCGAGCACAGAAACCUCCAGAAUCUACUUAUCUUGACUGCCAUUAAAGCAGACCGUACACGCGUGAUGGAGUAUAUCAACCGUUUGGACAACUACGAUGCUCCGGAUAUUGCUAAUAUUGCUAUUAGCAAUGAGCUCUAUGAAGAAGCCUUUGCCAUCUUCAGGAAAUUUGAUGUGAAUACUUCUGCAAUUCAGGUGUUGAUAGAGCACAUUGGCAAUUUGGAUCGUGCUUAUGAGUUUGCAGAAAGGUGUAAUGAACCAGCAGUUUGGAGCCAGCUGGCCAGAGCACAGCUCCAAAAGGACUUGGUUAAGGAGGCCAUAGAUUCUUACAUAAAGGCUGACGAUCCUUCUGCCUACAUGGAAGUCGUCCAGGCAGCCAACAGAAAUGAUAACUGGGAGGAUCUGGUUAAGUUCUUGCAGAUGGCUAGGAAGAAAGCAAGAGAGUCUUACGUUGAGACUGAACUUAUUUUUGCCUUGGCCAAAACGAAUAGGCUCUCCGAGCUAGAAGAAUUUAUCAGUGGCCCUAACAAUGCUCACAUACAGCAGGUUGGAGACCGCUGCUACGAGGAGGGCAUGUACGAUGCAGCAAAGCUGCUGUACAAUAAUGUGUCUAAUUUUGCCCGCCUGGCCUCCACGCUAGUUCAUCUCGGAGAGUACCAGGCGGCCGUCGAUAGUGCCCGCAAAGCCAACAGCACCAGGACAUGGAAAGAGGUGUGCUUUGCCUGUGUGGAUGGAAAGGAGUUCCGGCUUGCCCAGAUCUGUGGCUUACACAUAGUAAUCCAUGCUGAUGAGCUUGAAGAGUUGAUCAGCUAUUAUCAGGAUCGUGGAUACUUUGAAGAACUCAUCGCUCUGCUAGAAGCUGCGCUGGGCCUGGAGCGUGCUCACAUGGGAAUGUUUACCGAGCUUGCUAUCUUGUACUCUAAAUACAAACCACAAAAGAUGAGAGAGCACUUGGAACUCUUCUGGUCCAGAGUCAAUAUUCCAAAGGUUCUUCGAGCAGCCGAGCAGGCCCAUUUGUGGGGAGAACUGGUUUUCCUCUAUGACAAAUAUGAAGAAUAUGACAAUGCAAUAAUUACAAUGAUGAAUCAUCCUACAGAUGCAUGGAAAGAAGGGCAAUUCAAGGACAUCAUCGCCAAGGUGGCCAACGUGGAACUGUAUUAUAAAGCCCUGCAGUUCUAUCUGGAUUACAAGCCGUUGCUGAUCAAUGAUCUCCUCCUGGUAUUAUCUCCCCGGCUGGACCACACCAGAACAGUUACCUUUUUCUCCAAGGUUAAUCAGUUGCCUCUGGUGAAACCUUACUUGCGCUCGGUUCAAAACCAUAAUAAUAAAGGAGUCAAUGAGGCACUGAACAAUCUUCUGACAGAGGAAGAAGACUACCAAGGCUUGCGAGCAUCCAUCGAUGCCUAUGAUAACUUCGAUAACAUUACACUGGCUCAGCGUCUGGAGAAGCAUGAGUUGAUUGAGUUCAGACGUAUUGCCGCCUACUUGUAUAAAGGCAAUAACAGAUGGAAACAGAGUGUGGAGCUCUGUAAGAAAGAUCGUCUGUAUAAGGAUGCCAUGCAGUAUGCAGCAGAAUCCAAAGAUGCUGAGCUGGCAGAGAAACUGCUCCAGUGGUUUCUGGAAGAAGACAAGAAGGAAUGUUUUGCAGCUUCUCUGUUCACGUGCUACGAUUUGUUGCAUCCAGAUGUGGUUCUCGAGCUGGCGUGGAGGCACAACAUUAUGGACUUUGCAAUGCCUUAUUUCAUCCAGGUGAUGAGGGAAUACCUUACCAAAGUUGAUGGUCUGUUUAAUAAGGUGGAUAAACUUGAUGCUUCAGAAAGCCUAAGGAAAGAAGAGGAACAAGUAACUGAACCCACUCCAAUAGUAUUUGGCCAGCAGCUGAUGCUAACAGCAGGCCCCAACGCCGUACCUCCGCAGGCCAACUUCCCCUAUGGAUACACAGCACCAGGAUUCACCCAACCGCCAGUUUAUGGUUUCAAUAUGUAACUCGCGCUGUUGACAGACCGUUUUAACUGGUUGCCUUCUCUUCCCGUCCCUUUACAGUUUCUUUUUUUUUUGUCCAAGGAGGCACAGAUGAAUUCUUGCGUUGCCUUCAACGCCUUCUGCUGUCCCACUCAGUCCAGAGACAUCCAAAGGACACUGUGUUAUUUAUUGCUUAUGUCCUGUUACAUUUCAACCUCCAAAAAUGCAGCUUUCUUUCUUUCUUUCUUUCUUUCUUACUUUCUUUCUUUCUUUCUUUCUUUCUUACU